AUGGAAAUCAAUAAUUCUCAUGACAAUGAUGCAGUCCCAGGAACGAAAUUCGUUCCUCCUCGCUACCUAGCAUGGAUGUAUGCUGUGGACCGUAUAGGUGUUGAGGGAAGAGGGAUUGAGCGUGUGGAGCCAGAAGAAAGACAAGAUAAUGUUUGCAUGAAGCAGUUUAUUUCUGUCAUUGGCCUUUGGUUUGCUGGCUGCGGAGGUAUCACCACCAUGUCUUCCUUCUUCUUGCCUACUAUCUUGUUCGGACUUAACAUGAAGCAGUCGAUGAUUUCUGGUUUGAUUGGUAUGAACUUGGGAUGUCUUGUUCCGGCUUACUGUUCUGUGAUGGGUCCUAAGUCCGGCUGUCGUCAGAUGGUCACUGCCCGUUUUCUUUUUGGCCAUUGGGGUGUGAAGUUUGUCUCGAUUAUAGUCAUUUUGGGUGGUAUUGGAUGGUCCGUCGUCAACUGUGUGGUUGGUGGACAAAUGCUCCAGGCUGUAUCUGGAAACACUGUCAGUCUUGCUUUGGGUAUUGUCAUUGUUUUCCUUGGAAGUCUCAUUGUUGGAAUCUUUGGUAUUAGAGUCCUUCUCAGAUUCCAAGGUAUCGUCGCCAUUCCUACCAACAUCGCUAUUUUGCUCUAUUACAUUGUCGUUUGCAAGCAAACAAAGUGGAUUCCCGAGUCAAACAAGGCUGUUGCUGAGCUCGGUUACAACCCAUUGACUGUCACUGGCCAUUGGCUCUCAUAUUUCACAAUUGCAUACUCUUGUACCGCCACCUGGGGAAGCUGUGCUUCUGACUACUACAUCUUGUUUCCAGCCCACACUUCCGGCAAGAAGGUCUUCUGGGUCACCUUUUUCGGUAUUGCUAUUCCUUCCAACUUCGCUGCCAUCGUUGGUAUCAUCGCCGGAAACAUUUCGUAUUCUUAUGGUCCCUGGACUGAGGCCUACAACGAUUUCGGUAUCGGUGGUUUGAUCAACGUUGCUUUCAAGCCAUGGGGAGGUUUCGGAAAGUUUGUGGUGGUUUUGCUUUACAUCUCUGUUAUUUGCAAUACUCUCAUGAACACAUACUCCGCUGCCUUUGAGGUUCAACUUAUUUCUACGAAGCUCGCAAUUGUGCCACGUUGGAUCUGGGCUACUUUGAUCUCUGUAAUCUACUUGGUUCUCUCUCUUGCCGGUCAAUCUCAUUUGUCCACUGUUAUCGGAAAUGUUCUUCCGAUGUUGGGUUACUGGAUCACCAUCUACAUCACUUUGCUAUUGGAAGAGAACUUGAUUUUCAGAAAUACGGUGACCAAGAAGCUUCACUUCAAGGAGUUUGAAGGACAGGCCGAUUUUGCAUCCUUGGAGGAUGACAUAGAAAAAAUAAGCCCUACGUUGACCAAUACUAAAUCAGUUGACUCAUCAGAGUCCGUUACUCUGUCGUUGUACAACUGGAGCAAUUGGGAUCAACCCAAAAAGAUUUCCGCUGGUUAUGCCGCCGCUAUUGCUUUUGUUGCAGGAGCUGUCGGUGCUGCUAUGGGAAUGAACCAAGUCUACUACAUUGGACCUAUUUCCAAGAAGAUUGGUGAUAGCGGGGGUGACAUUGGAAUGUGGCUUUGUGCUGCUUUCUCUGGUGUCGUGUAUCCUGUUCUCCGUUACUUCGAGCUCAAGAGAUGGGGUCGCUAA